AUGGAGAUCGACCUCGAAUACCUCCCCCCAGGCGCUGCCUACGAUAAAGAGCACCUGAAUGCUGGAGACCAGGAUGCCGAUGCGCGCAAAUCAGCACACAGUACUGUGGCGCAGAUGGCGGAGAUCAACCAGGUCCGCCAGGGCCUGCACCAGAGACAUAUCCAGAUGAUCGCGCUGGCGGGCACGAUUGGAACCGGUCUGUUCCUGAGUUCUGGAACCGCACUUACUAACGCCGGUCCUCUCGGCGCAUUCCUCGGCUACUCCUUCACCGGCCUGUUGGUGUCCAGCGUCGUCUUCGCAGUCGGCGAGAUGGGCUCCCUGGUGCCGCUGAAUGGCGGCGUCGUGCGCUACUCCGAGCUCUUCUUCGACCCUGCGCUGGCUUUUGCUAAUGGCUGUAACCAGGUCUGCUACGCUGCCGUGACUAUCGCCGCCGAGGUUGUCGCUACAUCUGUGGUCAUUGAGUUCUGGGCCUCCGCAAUAUCUGUUGUGCGUAUCUAUGGAGAGCUCGAGUUCUUCUUCUCGAUUCUGAAGAUUAUGCUCAUAAUCGGCAUCAACAUUAUGGCCUUAGUUAUAACCUGCGGCGGCGGCCCCAACCAUGUCUCGAUUGGAUUCCGAUACUGGCGACACCCAGGCCCAUUUGUACAGUAUCUAGGUAUUGGCGGUUCCUUGGGCCGAUUCCUGGGUUUCUGGACUACCUUUAAUAAUGCUCUCUACGCAUACUCUGGUAUUGAGACUAUCACCGUUGCCGCCGCCGAAACCAAAAACCCAAGACAAGCCAUCCCCAUUGCCGCGAAGCGUAUCUUCAUUCGUAUCAUACUCUUCUACGUCUUGACUAUGUUCAUGAUCGGCCUGGUUGUCCCAUCCAAUAACCCUGAUCUGUUAACGAGCAGUGGCACGGCUGCACAAUCUCCGUUUGUGAUCGCUGCGCGACUCGCGGGUAUCAAGGUGGUUCCCUCAAUUAUCAACGCGGUCGUAUUGACCUCUGCCUGGUCGUCGGGCAAUUCAUCUAUGCUCGCUGGCUCACGAAUGCUGUACAGCAUGGCCGUCUUAGGCCAUGCGCCUGCUCUCUUUAAGCGCAUCAACCGCUUCGGUAUCCCCUAUACCUGCGUCUGCUUUUACGGCGUCUUUAUCUGCCUCGGCUAUAUGGCCCUGUCAAAUUCCACCGACAGCGUCUUCACCUGGCUGCAGAAUAUCAUCUCAAUUUCGACGCUCGUCAACUGGAUGUCCAUUCUUAUCGUCUACCUGCGUUUCUUCUAUGGUUGCCGUAAACAAGGCAUCAACCGCUAUACUGAGCUGCCCUGGGCAGGCCCCUUUCAGCCCUACCCUGCGUGGAUCUCGCUCUUCAUUUUUGGGUUUCUACUCCUUACUGGUGGUUACACCACUUUUAUCCAUGGCCACUGGAGUACUGCGACUUUUGUUUCCUCGUAUUUGAAUCUGCCAUUCAUCCUCGUUCUAUAUUUCGGCUACAAGCUCAUCAGGAAGACUAAGAUUGUUCCCCUUGGGGAAAUGCCAAUCCGUCCAUUUAUUGAGGCUGCCAGGUAG